AACUCUUAUCUUAUUCCUUUCUAAAUCAAUAAUAUAAAAUGAGAAUAAUAAUUAGGAUUAUGUAGUAUUAGUAUUACAUAGUUACUAUGUAAUGUAAAAAUGCAUUAGAUCAAGUCUAUCAUAUAUUUAAUCCAUGAUAUAAGUGAAUAUUGAGAGUUAUACACGAAGUGCAAAUAUGGCUACUCCUUUAAAAGCAACUGUGAAACAAGUUAAACCAAUUUUAUCAUUGACUCCUAUAGAAGCUCGAAGAAGAGUAAUAUCAUUAUAUAAAACAUGGUACCGACAAAUUCCAUUUAUUUUGUCCAAUUAUGAUUUGCCAAGGACAAAAAAAGAGUGUCAACAAAAAUUAAAGGAGGAAUUUAAACGUAAUGCUCAUAUAAGUGAUUUAAGAGUAAUUGAUUUGUUACUUAUUAAGGGACAAAUGGAACUUCAAGAAGUUUGUGCUCAAUGGAAACCACCUGGAACAUUGUUGAAUUAUUGGAAGGAAACACAUGAACCAAAGCCAAAAGAUUUUAUGUCAAAGUUUUUAUCGGGUCAAGAUUAAAUUUUAUGAUUAUAUAAUAUAUUUAUAUAAGUUAUAUAGUAUAUAAGUUAUAUAUUAUAAUUAAAUAUGUAAAAUUUAUAAAUUAUAUUAAAAGAAUAUAUAGUUGUCUGAAAAUUAAAUAUAGAAAAAAGAA